UAUAUACCCAGUAUACCUAUAUAUAUACAUAGGAUGUAGAGAAUACUGCUGUAUGAACUGUACAUCGUAAGACUGUGGACCGUGGAGCAGCGGAGGUCGAGUUGGGAGGAGAAGCGAGAGAAGCGCAUACACUGUUAUUGGACGUGUAGGUAGUUAUCAAUCAAAGCGAGUGUGCGUGCUGUAUAGGCUAGAGCAGCGAAAACAACGCGAGCUCCGAGCUCCCCGAGCGCCGUUCAGCUGCUGUAUAUGCUGUACCGACAAACUCGGUCGAGCUCUGCGCCUCUCUCCUGCUCUUUCUUCGUGAUCUUUCGCGUUGAGUGCGCGUACGAGCGACAAAGUGAACGGCCUGGCGUACCAUAGCAGCAGCAUAAACCUAUACGCAAACACACACGUAGGCGCAGAAAGUUGACGCGCUCGCGGGUCGUGGCCCAGUAGGCAGCGAUCUACCGCGAGCGAAGCAGCUCUCCGCGUCUCGUCGCGCGCCUACGGACCCAAAAGUGAGCGUGCGCGUGUGCGUGUGCAAGACAGAAAGAGAGAAAGAGAGCGCGUGUGCGUGCGUGCGUGCGUGCGUGUGGCCGGGCUGCGGUAGCCCGAUCGAGCUUCGACAAAGCCACCGACGGCCGACGACAACAAAGAGAGAGUCGUGCAGCGAGCGUGCCCUCUUGGGCUUUUGGAGCAGCGUCGCGAAUAGCGAGUGCAGUGCGCGAUUAACCAUGGCCACCGCGACGGGAGCUCGCUGGCCAGUGCUGCUGCUGUUGCUGCUGCUGUCAUUCGCCUGGCUCACGAGGCCGUCCCGAGGAGCAUCCAACGAUGCUGUCAAGGCGACGACGAUCGGCGACGACCUCGGCGAGAGGCUGCGCAGGAAGCUGGACGAGAGCGCGGGCCUCAAGUCGCUCGUCUACACGGGCUUCAACAGCACGAGCUCGCUGGCCUACAACGCCAGCACGGACUUCGACCCCAUGGGCAUGGGCCAGCUCUACAACGUGACCAACGCCUUCAUCGACUUUCUACAUCCCAAGCAGGCUUUUCCCGAAGGUCUGAUCCGGUUCGAGGAGGACGGCGAGCUGGUACUGGCCGACCCGGCGAGCGAAUGGCGCGAGCUGCUGACGCACUACGGGGCAUUGGGGGCCGUGGCGUUCGCCGGCCUCCUGCUGGCCGCUCUGCUGCCCUGCGUCGGCCUCUUCUUCUGCUGCUGUCGUUGCGCGGGUCGCUGCGGCGCCCGGAGCGCCCCCUUCGACAAGAAGCACGAUCACUGCCGCAAGGUCGUCCUGAGCUUCCUGCUCAUCGGCUGCGCCACGGUCCUCCUGUUCGGCGUCGUCUGCGCCUUCGCCACCAACGAGUACAUGCAGGAGGGCACCCGCGAGCUGCCCAGGGCCGCGGCCACGAGUCUGCGCGACCUGCGCACCUACCUGCAGGCCACCAAGUCCCAGAUCGAGACCCUGCUCAAGUUCAAUUACGACGAGCUCGAGCUGGCGCUCAACUCGAUCCUCCGGGCGAGCGGCCAGAUCGUCACGGAGCAGCUGGCCGAGUCGUCGCACGCCGUCUCGCUCAUGUCUCUCAACGACAUCGUCGCCGGCUUGUCGCCCAUACGCAAGGACCUCAAGAUGAUGACCGACAUCACGAGGGAGCUGCGCAACAACGCCUCGCAUCUCGAAAUUCUCGUGAGAAAAGUGCGCAACAACUUGCUCCAGACUCUCAGUAGCUGCGAUACGCAGCAGUGCAAGGACCUUAUGAACAAAUACAGAAUCGGCGAGAUGACUGUCAAAGUCGACUUCGACAAGUUGCCCGAUCUCACCGUCAAUCAUGUGCUGAACAAUAUAUCUCAACUGAUGGACGGCAAUAUCGUGGCCGAGGUGCGCAAAGGCAUGGAGGAGUUCAUGAACAUCCAAAAGGAAAUCCAGCAAGCCGUCAACCAGACCAUACCCGUGGUGAGCGCGAGUAUCAGAAGGGCCGGUGACUCGCUCGCUGGAGUCUCCAACAAUAUCGUUCAGAUGGUCGACCGUCUCAGCAUGGACAUCGACAAGAACUACCUACCUCAGCUCGAUUACGCGAAACGCCAUAUCGAUCAAUACUCGCAUUACAGGUACUACCUGGGAUUGAGCAUUUCAAGUAUCUUGCUCACCGUCUUUUCUUGUUUAACAUUUGGUCUGUUUUGCGGAGUCUGCGGAAAACGCCCUGACGGCUACGACGAUGAUUGCUGCAAUAAAGGUUCAGGCGCACGUUUUCUUAUGAUGGCUGUUUGGAUAAUUUUCUUACUGACGAGUGUGCUGCUCGUCGUGACGAUCGCUCACAUGGUUACCGGCAUACUUGCCGAAAGGGUCGUUUGUGAACCACUGAAACAUCCCGAAGAUAAUCACGUUUUUGAAUUGCUCGAUCGGUUCGUGAAUGUCAAACAGAUGCUCUAUCCAAAGAACGUCAAUGCCGACAUCGAUAUCGCUCAUAUGGUUACUGCUUGCCACAAAAACGAGACUAUUUAUAAGGUAUUGAAACUUCAGUACAUCGUCGACGUUGAAUCUCUCAGAGGUUUUAUCGACCGAUACGAUAUCAAUCAAACGAUUCAUCAGCUCGAGCAGAAAAUUAGUUUGUCGCAUGAUUACCGAAUAAUUAGCGAGGCUGCGAGAGAAAAGCUCAAUGCCUUGGCUCAAAGUGGAUUAAGCGACAUCAAAUUUUAUCAAUUCACCGACAAUUUGAAAGACAAUAUUACGAGCAUCAAUUUGGAGCAACUUGCCGGCAAACUCCGAGAGGUCGCUCUCAAACUCCCGAACGGUUACGAUGAAGUUAAAGAAGAUUUGCUCAAAAACGCUUACGACCUCGAAGGCUACCAUCGUGAUAUUGUCGUGCCCAUGAGUAAUUUGAGCAAUCGACUUAGCGAUAGCGCCACCGAGCUACAAGAGCAUAUAAAGUUCAAUCACACUUCUAUGGCUGAGGCCAUUCUUUCCUUGGUCGACCAAGUCGAUAAAGCCCAAGUUUUCAUAUCUACGAGUGGACCAUCGCACGUUAAAACACUCGCUCAAGAGUUUGGCAAAGCAUUCAUUUUUCAAGUAAAUAAUUAUCUUGAUUACGUGAUAAAUAGCACCUUAACAAAAGUUGGAAAAUGCGGACCAGUGUCGCAUGCGUACAAUGCGACGGUAGUGGCUAGCUGCAACAAAAUCCUUGAUCCAUUUAAUGGAUUUUGGGCCAGCGUUGGCUGGAGUUUACUCCUGUUCAUUCCAACUAUUGUGUUGUGCGUCAAAUUAAGCGUGCUUUACCAAAAGUCGGAUCCUUAUCCAGGACCUCUAGUUGAAGCUGAAUAUUUGUAUGACGCGUAUGCCGACAGGGAUAACGUACCCCUUGCUCAUACUCCUGAUAAAAAAUAUGUUGCGCAUAAUCGACAUCAUCAUCAUCUUCAUCAUCAUGGUUCUACAGCCUAUAUCGAAGGCUAUCUUGACGGGACAGCGAUCAGCUAUACCGAUAGAGAAAGAAUCGCUGACGCGCAUCAAGGCACUUCUCAUGAUUCUAGAUACUCUGAUCUAGCGCCAAAAAACUGGGAUUUUCCUAAUGGCGGACCGCCGAGGUACCAACCAGCUGCAGUAGCACCCCCUUUAAGUACCGAAUAUGAGCGACCUCCGCCUUACUACUAUCCAGGACCAGGGGAUAGGAAUUGAAACAUGGGUGCCGUGGCAUGGGGGCGAACUUCUUUGAGCCGCGCAGCAAUGCGUAGCCUUAGAAAUAGCUACCGAAGAAAUUUUGGCAAAAAACAUGAUCAAGAUUAUGUUUAGUUCAUGUAAAAUUGCAAUUUUUACGCAAUUAACCGAAUUAAGCCAUCUAUCAACUACAUGCCACGGAUCAAUCAAUAACAUCUUUCUGCAGCACACACAGACACACACACACACACACACACAAACAAACACACAAAAGAAAACACACAAGCGCUUAUGUGCUCAUUUAUUCUUUAGACUAUGAAAAUACUGAUUUGACGCCCUUUUAAGAGUUGGACUCUUAAUUUUAUAAUACUAACUAAACUCCAAAAAUCUAUCGUAAAAAAUAUUUUUUGCUAAAGGUCAGUCUUAAGCCAAAGAACAUCCAUUUUUACGUCGAUUGCUGGCCUUAUUGAAAUUGUGAUUACCUAAAUUCUUGAUUUAUAUUAUUUAUUAGUUAACUAGGCUAACUAAAUCUAUUAAAUGUUCGUUCAUCAACUUUAUAAGAACCUUAAAAUUAGAGUUAAAACAGGAGCAUGUUUUUUCAUUUCAUCAAAACUUAACUAAAUAUUGUAGUAAACGUUCGUUGAAAAUCAUUUUCUUUCGUGGGUACACAUGCAAUUCCACGAGUCAAUUAGUUCUUAUACUGAACACUUUUUCAUCGAAUAUUUUUUUUAAAUUUUCAUCAUUUUGCAAUAGUCAGUAUCAAUAUGAAAGGUAAGAUCAUCCUAACAAAUCAUAAAUAUAUAUUGAUAUAAUCGUGAACAUGAAAUUAUGAAAGUAGAGAUUCAAUCAUUUGUAACUAUUAUUAAUACUACAUGUGUUAAAUAGUAACAUCGAUAACUUAAGAAUGUAUUUGAUUUACAUAAGAAUUUUUGUUGAUAAUUUUUUAUUCUUGAAGAGUGAUAUUAGAUAUUGAUUUUCAGAAUUAGACUUAUUAUUGUAUUUUUAAAGUAUUAUAUUUACGAAGCUGCCAAUUGUUUGUAAACGUUUAGAAUCAUUAGUUUUAUUUUUCAAGAUCUGUCUCCUAGGUGGCGUAACGUCGCCUGACCAUAAUAUGACUGAACUCAAAAUAAAAAUAGUUUACCUUA